AGAGCGGGCGUUGCUGCGGGCGCAGGCGGUGGCGGGCGAGCGGCUGAGGAGCAGCGGGGUGGGGGCCGCGGCCGGCAUGUGAACCGUGCCGCCCCCUCCCCGCUCCGGCCGCCCUUGGGCAGCGGCCGCCUCUCGUCUCGGACUCGCUGCGCUCCGCCACCCGCUCGCCGGCUCCUUCCUCGGCCGGGCUGCGCCUCCCGGGGCCGGGCAGCCGGCUGCGCCCGUCCCGCGGGCCCGGCGGGGCCCCGCUCGCCAUGAAGAAGUUUUCUCGGAUGCCCAAGUCCGAGGGGAGCGGCGGCGGCGGGACGGCGUGUGUCGGCUCCGGCGGCGGGGGCGGCGGGGGGAGCGGCGUCGCCUUGGGCAAGGUGUUCGCCGUCGGCCGCUACCAGGUCACCCCCGAGGAGCUGCUGGCCGAAGGUGGCUUCUCAACUGUGUUUCUGGUACGUACCCACGGUGGGAUACGUUGUGCACUGAAACGAAUGUAUGUUAAUAAUGUGCCGGAUCUCAACAUCUGCAAGAGAGAAAUUACAAUUAUGAAAGAGUUAUCUGGGCACAAGAACAUUGUGAGCUAUUUGGAUUGUGCAGUUAACUCGAUAAGCGAUAAUGUUUGGGAGGUACUCAUUCUCAUGGAGUACUGUCGAGCUGGGCAAGUUGUGAAUCAGAUGAAUCAGCGUCUGCAGACAGGCUUUACUGAAUCAGAAGUAAUGAGAAUAUUUUGUGAUACCUGUGAAGCUGUUGCCCGGUUGCAUCAGUGCAAAACACCUAUAGUUCACCGGGAUCUAAAGGUGGAGAAUAUAUUGUUAAACGAUGGCGGGAACUAUGUUCUCUGUGAUUUCGGCAGUGCCACUAACAAAUACCUUAAUCCUCAAAAAGAUGGUGUUAAUGUGGUUGAAGAAGAAAUUAAAAAGUAUACGACGCUGUCAUACAGAGCUCCCGAAAUGAUCAAUCUUUAUGGAGGAAAACCAAUUACUACCAAGGCAGAUAUCUGGGCACUUGGCUGCUUGCUGUAUAAACUUUGUUUCUUUUCACUUCCCUUCGGAGAAAGUCAAGUUGCUAUUUGCGAUGGAAGCUUUACCAUUCCGGACAAUUCCCGAUACUCUCAUAGUGUACACUGUUUGAUAAGAUACAUGCUUGAACCGGAUCAAGAACAGAGACCCGAUAUCUUCCAAGUAUCUUUCUUUGCCUUUAAACUUGCCAAAAAGGAUUGUCCGGUGUCUAAUAUCAAUAAUUCUCCUGUCCCUUCAACUCUUCCUGAACCUAUGACAGCUAGCGAGGCAGCUGCUAGAAAAAGCCAAAUAAAAGCAAGAAUAACAGAUACUGUUGGACCAACAGAAACCUCAAUUGCACCGCGACAAAGACCAAAGGCAAAUUCAAGCACUACCGCUUCUAGUGUACUGACGUUCCAGAGCUCAGCGACUCCAGUCAAAGUACAAGUUCCCGGUGAAUUUGGUAAUUGUGGGCAAAAAGGAACCACGCGACCGGGAAACGGGCAAGAAGUCUUGCAGUCACAAGGGACCAACCAGCACCCCCCGCAGCAGAACAGAGUUCUCCAGCAGCUGCAGCAGGGAGACUGGAGACUGCAGCAGCUACACCAUUUGCAUCACCAGCAGCAGCAACCUCCCACGCAGGAUGCUUACAUUCAGCAGUAUCAACAAGCAAUGCACCAGCAUAUGGUCCAACAGCAGCUGUUGAUGCAGUCUGUGUACCAGCAGCAACCUGCCCAAUCUCAGUAUCCCGCUAUGGUGCAGCAAUAUCAGCAGGCUUUCCUACAGCAGCAGAUGCUUGCGCAGCAGCAGCAGCGGUCGCAACAGGCGCGGUCUCCUGAAUAUAUCACUUCUCCACAAGACUUCUCACCAGCCUUAAUCUCCUACCCUGGGUCACUUGCAGCGCAUGCUGGAACAGUGGCGGAUUCUCCCUACCCUGCAAGCAGGUCAGGUAUUCCUGAUAGUGAAGCGAUUGCCAGUUACCCAAAGCAGAGCAUCAACAACCCACCUGAUAUGUCAGGCUGGAACCCGUUUGGAGAGGACAAUUUUUCCAAGUUGACGGAGGAGGAGCUGCUGGACAGAGAAUUUGACCUGCUAAGAUCAAACAGGCUGGUGGACAGGAGAGCAUCUUCAGAUAAGAAUGUGGAGCCACUUUCUGCUCCACAGAAAAAUCCUACCGAGGAUCCCUUCGGUUCUGUUCCUUUCAUUUCUCACGCAGGUUCCCCUGGAAAACAAGUGGAUAACCUAGCCAGCAGUCAAGGAAAUAACUUAGGGACCCCGGCCAAGGCUGGAAAACUGAGCCAUGCUUUUAGAGAUCCCCGGCCAGGGAGGAAGACUGCAGAGGGACAAGUGACAAAAGGUGGCGAUGAGUCGGAGAGCGAUUUUGAAUCUGAUCCUCCUUCUCCCAAGAGCAGUGAGGAAGAAGAAGAACAGGAGGAUGAAGAAGUCUUGCAAGGCGACAAUGGAGACUUCAAUGAUGACAAUGAUACAGAACCGGAGAAUUUAGGCCACCGACCUCUCCUCAUGGACUCUGAGGAAGAGGAGGAGGAAGAGAAACAAAGUUCCGACUCCGAUUCCGAUCGUACCAAGCAAAAAUCUGCGGAAGGGCUCCUGAGCGGUAGGUUCGGAGACGGUGUGGGCAGCGGCGAAAUCAAAGAACCCGGUUCGAUGCAUACGUCCUUGUCUGAGGUGCCGAGUACUGCGCUCAAGGUGGACCCUGGCCAAGAAUUUGACGUGUUUGGGGCCGUGCCCUUUUUUACUCUGCAGCCUCAGGCAAGAGAGAAGGUGGACAAAGAUCUCUCUUCUCCGAUGGCUUUUCCCGGCCUGAACCAAGAGCAGGAUGACUUUGAUGUUUUCACAAAAGCCCCCUUCAGCAAAAAGGUGUCUCAGCAAGACGGCCCGGUGACGGGAACGGAGCCUCUGCUCUCCCCCACCUCGCCACGGAGCGUCGAUAUUUUUGGCUGCACCCCGUUUCAGCCUUCCCUUCUCCCCAAGACCGGUGGGAGUAAAGAGGACCUGUUUGGGCUGGUUCCUUUUGAAGAGAUCACAGGGAGUCAGCAGCAGCAGCAGCAGAAGGUGAAGCAGCAGCGUAACCUGCAGAAGCUCUCUUCCCGCCAAAGGCGCAUGAAGCAGGACGUCUCAAAGAGCAACGGCAAGCGCCACCACGGCACCCCGACCUCCACGAAGAAGGUGUUGAAACCGAGCUACCGCACCCCCGAGAGAGCCCGCAGGCACAAGAAAGCCGGCCGCAGGGACUCGCAGAGCAGCAACGAGUUCCUGACCAUCUCGGACUCCAAAGAGAACAUAAGCGUUGCGCUGACUGACAGCAAAGAUCGAACCAACCCUCUGCAGGCAGAUGAGAGUCUGCUGGAUCCUUUUGGAGCCAAACCCUUCCACCCACCGGACUUGAUGCGGCACCCCCAGCAUCAAGGGUUUGGUGACAGCCGCGGGGAUCACGGCACGGUGGUAGUGGCUGGUAGACCCAGGCAGAGCUCCUUGCACGGAGCCGUUCACGGUGGCGACGGGCUGAAAACGGAUGACUUUGGUGCGGUACCGUUCACGGAACUGGUCGUGCAGAGCGCGCAGAGCCAGCAGCAGCAGGCGCUAGAGUUAGAUCCCUUUGGAGCAGCUCCGUUUCCUUCCAAACAGUAAAAGCUUCCAAUGGGUUCCCCCCCUCCACCUCUCCGAGUUACUUCAUAGAGGUUUUAAUCAGUGCAGUAAUUUAUCUGGUUGAAUUGCCAGGGACCUGGGGCGUACGGCUUGUUCAAGUUCAAGAAGGCAUGGCCAGAUUGCACGAUGAAAUUAAGAAUGAUGACAAAUUUUUAUUGGUUUGUGGGGUUUUUUUGAGAAAAAAUAGUAAAAAACAAACAAGGAGCAUCAUUUUAUUAUGCUCCCAGAGUGAAAAGAGAAAUCGGAUACGAAUCAUUGUCUAUCACAGACUUUAGGCUCGGAACAUACUGUCGUUUUGUGCUUUUGCGUUGCCUUUUCAGUCCUCUGUGACGUGCUGAGAUGGAGGGAGGGGGACGGGCAGAGAACGCAUGACAAACUUUUUGCAUCCGUACAGGGAGGCUGAUGGAACUGUGCUGGUUCUCCACGUCUCGGUUCUUAGACCUAAGAACCGAAAUGUACGACUAAUAUCCCGAUGGAUCUGCUGGAAAUAGUCACAUCUUUGCUUCCUAGGUGAAAACUACCUUUAUUAAUCAUGAAAAUAAAGCAGCUAAGUCUUCGAGGGGCUGGGGCCCAGAAUUCCAGAGCACAGCUGUGGCUUGGGACCUGGUAGACAUCUAUGCAGCGGCAGAGAUGAAAGGCAGAUUAUUUUUUUGUGUGCCUAAAUGUUCGUGGUUUUUUGGGUUUUGGUUUUUUGUUUUUUUUUUCUACAGUAAGUGCCAUUAAUGUAAAAAAGCAAACUGGAAGUUUAGAGUUAAAACUAAAGAUAUAGAGAAUAUAAUGGUUUGCGAGACGAGAAGCCUGAACGUGGGGGAGUAAACCGGCAGGGAUGCAGCCAGUGUUUGCAGCACUUUGAAGACUACUCAGUACGCUGGGAUGAGAGGCUGGUUUACACGAGGAAAUCGUUCGGCACGUAUGGAGUAUCCCAGAUGACUUGUAUAGUUGACUGUGAGAUGUAACCAUCAGAUCUGAUUACAAAGUGGGCUUUGUGUCUGAGAAAUACCUUUUCUUUUCCUCUUGGAUUUUUAUUGCAAAGAAAACGUGUAUUCUUUCAAACCUGUUGUUUUUUAAAACAAUAGUAAUUUUAUGAAAUGACUGUAACCUAAUGUUCUUUUAAGUUCUGAUGAAGCUAUUAUUGUACUUAAGUGUAUUUUAUAAGAAAGUUUUGCUAAAUGCACUGAGCUUUGAAGAGACUUCUCUGAACGUGGAUUUGUUUCAGAGCAGAAGCAGUAAGCAGCAGGUAGCUCGCAGAAGCUGAUGGCUACUGUACCGGUAAGCUGCAUUUCACACCACGAAGCCUUACGGGCAGGACUCUCUCCUGCCGCGCGGUACCUCUGAGACGUUAGGUGCGCGAGACGUGGCCCGAAGCUUGGGAGCGCGGUGCCAGCAGGUGACUGGAAGGUGACGUGAACAGGCUCGUCGAGGACGCGAUUUUGUUACCGUGUUGUACGAGCAGCGCGCGUAGGUGGAACGGCUUCUCCGCUGCCUCGCGGCGUGCGCCAAGCCACGUACGCCGUUUGCAGAGCGCGUAUGACUCGGGACGCUCCAAUUUGCCUUUUUUCUACGGCAAACCGGCUCGUCUCAACUUUAUAUCCUGCUCUGCUGAGAGCUUGUGAGUAGAUAAUUGGAUGUUCGUAUAUGGAGGACAUAAGCGUUCCUGGUUGUGUGUGUGUGUGUUCCUUGUCCCUCCCCCUUCGCUGAAGGUAAAAUGAAGUAUUUUGGGUUGCGCUCCCCCCCCCCCCCCCCAACUUCUCCUGCUGGUUAUACAGUUGUCCCAAGAUCUGAGGGCAGGGGGUGGAUCCUUUACAGUAUUUGUUGAAAAGACCGCGUUAAAAACAAGUCACUUGACUGCUUCGAGGGUUGGUUUGAUGAAACGUUCCCUCGGAUCUAUGUGAGAUUGCUUCCUCUAGUCCUAGAAUCUGACAGUAGCUCAUACGUAUCUGCAUACCUUCGUUACCUUUAUCGUCCUCGUUUUCAUUAUUCUCACAAGGUGAACGCGAGAUCCUACAGCUGUGCUUUGUUCAGUACGCCUUUUUUGGGCUUAGAAGUUAAGCUCUUAAGAGGUUAUGAGUAGAAAUGUUUCAACUCUGUUUGCACAGGAGUUUCUUAGGCUUUAUAACUACUGUUCUCACCUGGGGUUUUGUGCCAAAGGCGGUGAGAAACGCACGCCAAGUUUUGUAGCAUUUCGGAUACUCAGGUUAACUGUCUUUUUUUGUCUAUUUUUGUGGUGUUGGUUUUUUUUUUUCCCUCUGCACGUGCUUACGAGCUGCCUUCCUGCCGUUUCCUUCUGAACUGUCACUUACUUGCCUAAGGAGCUGUUGGAACAGGACGGUAUCACAGAUGGGGCAGGUGGGCAGAAACAAAACGAGAAUAAAACAAGAGGCAACUGACCCUCGGUCUGAAACGUGGCUGGCCCUCGCUGAAGCCACGCAGCCGCUGCUUUCCCCGGUGGAAAGGCAACUGCAGGGCUUGCUCGGCCCUCUGGUGCCGGGGGAGGAAAGGGUUAACGAUGGGCUGGGGCUUAGCUCCUCGCUCUGUGGGACACAGAGGGAAAAGGCCGUGCGUUUAGGCUGGGCCUAAACAUCAGGUAGAUUAAGAACAGAAGGAAACGCGUUUGGUUUUUGCCUGCUGACCCCGAGACUUCAGGCUGAGGAGCGCUACAGGUUUUCCUUGUGUGGCAGGUCGGUUUGGUUUUUGGCAGAGGGUCCGUAAGUGGUUAUAUUACAGCACAGGAAAGCGGAAGUGAGAUCGCACGCAGAAACUAAGAGACGAGAUAAAAGCAGCCUGUAAACCCAAAUUACUCUAAAACUGGCGUAAUGCUUCUGGCUGCAUAUGAGUUAUGACUGACGAUAUUUGCUUUCUAAUGGCCUUAAUAAACCUUGUUCUCAGUAUUCUAGUUAUGAAACAGGUUUUAGCAUAAAUGUAACUUUUUUGUUUCUAAAGUUAAAAUUAUUUCUUGUGCCUGAAAAGAGAUUAGUAUGCCUCGCUAAGUUGACUUUGCGUGGUAUGUAUUGUUUAUACACAACUAAACCCGAGUUUGGGUUGAAUUUCGGCUAAGAUGCGCUAUUCAACAGGGACGAAACGUGGUACUGUCUGGGAACGUGAUGUCCUUUUGCCUUUAUUUGGUGUGUGUGCAUGCUCGUGCGUGCGCUUGCCACGGAGCGUACCGUGGCCUCACGUGAAGUACGGGAAAGACCUUGCUGCGCUAGACACGUACCGUACUGUCUGGGAAGACCGUAAUGGCAAGGUAAGGAACUGACGCUUCCCUUCCAACAGGAAAUACCGAUUGAUCUUCACAGCUCGUCUUUCAGUGUGUUGAGUGACUGAACCACAGGCCUUUUAGCAUCAGCUGCUCGACAGAGAGAUUCUGCCAAAAGGUACUACCGAGCCUUUAACGGCCGCGGUCACUGACGACAGAGACGGUAGUCGUGUUUCUCUGCAGACUCUCAGACGGCCUCGAGACGCGCGCAGUCGCUCGGGCUGACUUCCCCGGUGCGGGACCCGUGAAUGCCAGCUUUGGAGGGCACGACUUGUAAUCCUUCUGGGCGUCCCAGUUAGUAAAACCAAGUACUGUGAAAAUAAGUUGAUAUAUUUGCUACUGUGAGAAUAAGAGUUUAUCUGGAGUUUUUUAUACUAUAUUGUGUAUUUUUAUAUAUGAAAAGUAUAUAUAAAAUAUACACACGCUCGCACACAUCACGUAUCUCUUGGAGUUGCUGCGUUUUUAGUAACGCAGCAGCCACGCUCGCUUUCGUGUGACUCGGGGGAGUGACUGUGAGCGAAAGCUGCGAAAGGAAAAAAAGCGCAAAGGGUGGCUGCUGCGUUACUUUCCUAUAGUGCUUAUUUUGAAAGGAAAAUCAAGGAAACUGUAUAGCUACAUUUGUGACUAAGGCAUCACCUAAUACUAAAGAGCAUAAAAACUAUUUUUAAAUUGCUGGCAUUCAGCUUUUAAGUGCACUUUCCUGAACUACACUUCCAUUUCUUGUUAGACUUCAAAGUUUCUAAAGCUUUUUUUGUGUACCACUAAACAGAGAACUUUAACUUUUUUGUGAAACUGAUGUACGUCAUAAAAUAUUUGCAGUUGUUAAAUAAACAAACGUGGUAACAGCGACUCUG